UGGAAGUGUUUCCAGAACGUGAUCUUCGACGCCUGCAUGGAAGCCCUGAUGCUACCCUUAGCCGACCGAGAAACCCUCCACUCCCACAAGGAAUACAUCGGGAAGCGGUGUGUCAGGGUCAGAGAGUUUCAAGCUCUGGACAUCAACAAAUUCCACUGCCCACGAUGUGAACCACUAUGUGGUCCAUCAAUUAUGAAAUUGACAACGAACUACCACCGGCAUGACAUGGCAGAUCCAGAUGCCUCCAGUAAGAAAGUUCAGACAGGAACACCAGUUUUUAUCAGAGAAGUUAAAUCCAGACAUUUCACAUCGGCAGAGAAAGUGAUUGUAAGAAUGAGGGGACAACAACUGAGCCUACCAUACAUGAAUCAGAAUGGAUUCAUUGCUCCAAUCUUGGUUGAGAGCCCUGAUGGCCUUGGUCUGAAUGUUCCCAGCAACAUUUUCACAGUGAAAGAUGUUGAGAGACAUAUUGGAUCAGAACGUUUGCUUGAUGUGGUGGAUGUGAUGCGACAAACAACUGUCCAAAUGACAAUGGGUGAACUGCGGGAGUACUUUUCAUCCAAGCAGCGGUCCAUGGUCCUGAACUGCAUCAGUCUGGAAUUCUCUGAUACCAGCCUCGGCAAGAUGGUGGAGGUUCCUUACAUUGUAAGGAAGUUGUGCUGGGUGGAGAAUCUUUGGCCGAAAAGUGGUGAAGUGAAUGGCAGGGAGAGACCCAAAGUCCAGAAGUAUUGUCUCAUGAGUGCAGCAGACUCAUUCACAGACUUCCAUGUUGACUUUGGUGGUUCUUCCGUUUGGUAUCAUGUGCUCAAGGGGGAGAAGGUGUUUUACCUGAUCAGGCCAACACCAGCCAAUCUCUCACUGUAUCAACGGUGGAUGCUGUCCCUGCCACAGAGUCGAUCAGAGACCUUCUUCGCCGACCAAGUUGAGGAGUGCUUCUCUUGUGUCUUGAAGCCAGGAAACACAUUCUUCAUCCCUGCUGGUUGGAUCCAUGCCGUUCUCACACCUGUUGACUCCAUCAUAUUUGGAGGCAACUUUCUUCACUUCUAUGGCAUUCAGUACCAGCUGCAAGUUUAUGAAAUGGAGAAGAGGAUGAAGACACCACAGAAGUUCCGUUUUCCCUGCUUGGAAACCCUUCAUUGGUUGGCAGCUUGGAGGCUUGUGGAGGAUCUCAGGGUUAUGAACGAAGAAAGUACACGCUGUUCCACUAAUUUCCUUGAGGGUGUUAAAGUUCUCUUGGGAGCCAUUAAGCAAUGGUCUCUCAACAGGCCUACACGAGAGGGGCGAGUGGUGCGAUUGGAGGACAUUCCAGAGUCAGAAGGAGACCCAGGAAAGUUGAUCAGACUUUUGGGGAAAGAAGUGAGGCUGGCAGAGAAGAAGCUGAAUGCCUUGAAUCCUCCUAAACCUGAGAGGGAGUCCAAGAGAGUGAAGCGAAAGCCUCGUUCCAAGGAUUAUCUGGAUUUAUCAGCUGGAUCUGUAAAUCCUCAUCCUCUCCCUCCUCCUCCUUCUUCUCCUUCCCUUCCUCCUCCUCAGAACUUGUCUUCAGAAGAAGAAAAACCAGACCUCCAGGUGGAGUUGAAAGAAGAGGUAGAAUUGUCAGUGAAGACAGAGAACGGAGACAGCCGUACCAUAUCUCCCCUUCGUCUGACCAUUCCCAAGGGCUCCUGGGCCAUGAAUGGUACUGGGGAAAGCAGUACUGGUACUGAAGAUGAUGAAGAGGGAAGCAUUUUGAGAGAGAAGGAAAAUCCAGGGGAGAAGAAGGAAAAGCCAGGAGAAAAGAAUGAAAAACUUGGAGAGAAGAAGGAAAAACCAGGAGAGAAGGAAAAACCAGGAGAAAAGAAGGAAAAACCUGGAGAGAAGAGGGUAAAACCUGGAGAUAAGAGGGUAAAACCUGGGGAGAAGAGAGUAAAACCUGGGGAGAAGAGAGUAAAACCUGGGGAGAAGAGAGUAAAACCUGGGGAGAAGGAGAAAGAGUAUCACCUUGUGAUGCGAAUCCCUAAAUUCCCUUCACCUACAUCUCAGGAACCUAUGGUUCUCCCUCCUGUUAGUGAGAAGGAGAACCUGGGCUCAUCAGUGUAUGACUUCCAGGAGGACUCCAGUGAUGGAACACGGCUUGUGAUAGACGAUUCACCUGCUCCACCCCGCAAGAGAAGGAAAAAGAAAGAUCCUCCCCUUAAGCUCAAACUCUCAAUUUCAGGGAAAGGCUCUGAGUUGGAUCAGGCACCAUCGGUGAGAAGUGGAAUUGACACCCUUCUCCAGGCAUCUGGCUAUGCAGAUCAAGACCCCCCUGCAUCUGCUCCUGAAGAGCAGCAGCUGGUUGAGGAAUUAGAGCCAGGGCGUGCAUCUCCUUCAACAAGAGAAGCCAUAGCUGGGAUGCUAUCCAUCAGUCAGAGCCUCUUAACGACUCCUACAUCCUCGUCCCUGUCGGCACCUGCAAACGCCAGUCCCUCCCCUCCACGGAAGAAAGUCAAAGCUCCAUUGCUGUUGGAAGAUUCUGAUGAGUCUCUCGUCAGGCGAGUUCACCAGGAUGAUGAAUUCAUAUACCCAGCAUUGGAGCUGUCAGACGACGAAGAGCUGGCUCUGUCGGGAAGGUCUCGUGGUGCGGCGAGUCUGAAGAAGCGUGGAAGACCCAAAGGUUCUUUGAAAGGGGGAGCAAUUGCUCCUGGUGACAGUGCAUGGAGUCCCAGAGCCAGAGUGUUCUUGCCUCCUCCUCGGGAAGAUCGUCCGCAUCGGGAAGGCAAGAAAAGGGAAGCCGUAGAGAAGGGACUCGAAGAAGCUGCCUCACGAACUACAAUCUCUCAUGCGUGCCCUCUUCCGUCCUCAAAGAAACAUGGAGCAGGAGAAAGGAAAAAGUCAGGUUUGAAGCCAAAGCUCAGUGGAAUAUCAACACCAAACCCUGAUCCCCUCCUGGAGCCAUCGUCUUCGUCAUCCUCAGAUCCGAUCCCAUCUCCGGGUCCUGGUCGUGUAAAACCUUCAUCUGAUCUUCGAAAUCGGAAGCCAAAGAAGGGGAUGGCGACAGUGAAGCAGCGCCUCAGUAAGAUCCUCAAGAUGCACAGAAUGCUUUAUUGAGAGAGAUCUCUGUAGAUUAGAAGACAGGGAAAAGGGGGGGGGGGAACAACUUAUUUUCAUCAUAAAAGACAUGUUAGUCUUUUCAAAAAGGAAUGGGUUAAUAUUUUUGCUUCAGGCUGAGAGAUUUUAAUGAAGCAUGAUGGAUAAAACGAGGCCUUGGAAAAGAGGGGGGAACAUUUUGUAACUAUGGAUCAAACAUGUCCUCAGGAUCUCAAAUUCUAUACUAAUCCAUUGGAUUUGGAAGGGAUGCUUGCCAUUGAGGCAAGUCAACCACGAUUAGGUUGCUCUUGUCGUUUUUUUUUAUCGCCAUGAAUGAGGAUGAGAAACACUAGAAUCUUCAUUCUGAAAUCAGAAUGAAGAUUCAGAAUGAAAUCUGACAGAAUCUGGAACAUUUUCAGCCGUAUUGACCUGCAAGCAUGUCAUAUUUUGAGCAAUACCACUCUCAGUGCCUCGUUCCUGGCCGAUUGCCGACACGCCCCUUCCUGGUGUCAUUUUGGUGAAGGGUUCACAAAAAGGAAGAAAAGAGUGAGGGGAUUUCCUUCGGUCUAGUCAUGACGUGUGAGGCCGGAUUCACACCGCUGUUUUGCCAUUGGCUUGUUCUUCCCUCCUCCUUGCAGAGAUAUUUGAGAUGAUGCACUCGUGAUGUCAAGUACAAAGACUUCUUUUGUGUUUGCAUUCAUGCUCUUUACCCCUAUACUCUCCUUUUCACAUAACGUG